CUUCUCUUUCUCUCUCUCUCACACACACACACUAGUAGCAGGUCGACCACUCUGCGACCGUGGAAGGCUGGGCGUGUGUGGGCUGGAGCAACUACCCCCAGCGACCACGGCGCCGGGGGAAGCGGGCGGAGCGGAAGCGCGCAUUUCGCGGAAUUCCGUGGGCUGUACGUACAGGCCGGCGACCGGCCGCCGCCGGUGAGGGUGUACUACUUAUCUGACAUAAAUAAAAGAAUAUGGUGUCCAUUUAGUUUCCUGAUCUGGAGAUUCUUCUAAUGGAUUGUCUCAGUCUUAGAAGUCCUCUGUCUCUUCUGCUCUUGCUGCAGUUGUCAUUUUUGUUAUUCAGUCCCUUGUCUUUAGCAGACUUAGCCUCUGAAAAGCAAGCCCUUCUAGACUUCGCCGCUGCAGUAUAUCAUGGCAACAGGCUUGACUGGAGUCAAAACACAUCAUUGUGUUCUUGGCAUGGUGUAAAAUGCUCAGGAGACCAGUCACACAUAUUUGAAUUAAGGAUACCAGGUGUUGGUCUCAUCGGAGCAAUUCCUCCAAACACUCUUGGAAAACUUGAUUCUCUCCAAGUUUUAAGCUUGCGGUCUAAUCGUUUAGCUGGAAGCUUUCCAUCUGAUGUGACUACACUUCCUUUGUUACGCUCAAUAUACCUUCAGCACAAUAAUUUUUCAGGAGAUUUACCUUCCUUUUUGAAUCCUAACCUCAGCGUGGUGGACCUCUCCUACAAUUCGUUUAGCGGUGAGAUUCCUAUAAGCUUACAAAACCUUUCUCAGUUAUCUGUCCUGAAUUUACAAGAAAAUUCUCUCUCUGGAUCCAUUCCUGAUCUCAAGCUUCCGAGUCUGAGAUUAUUAAAUCUGAGCAACAAUGAUCUGAAAGGCCAAAUUCCUCGCUCGCUCCAAACAUUUCCAAAUGGAUCAUUCCUUGGGAAUCCUGGAUUAUGUGGGCCACCUCUAGGUAAAUGCUCACUUCCUUAUUCACCGACACCUUCACCAGAAUCACCUUCAUCAGCACCACCUUCGACAUCUCCUCAUCAUGAGAAAAAAUUUGGCGCGGGAUUCAUAAUUGCAGUUUCUGUUGGGGGCUUUUCAGUACUGAUGUUUGUUGUGGUUGUGUUGGCUGUGUGCAAUUCAAAGAGGAAAGGCAAGAAAGAGAGUGGUGUGGACAACAAGGGCAAGGGCAAGGGCACUGUUGUCAGAAGCGAGAAGCCAAAACAGGAAUUCAGUAGUGGUGUUCAGAUUGCUGAGAAAAACAAGUUGGUUUUCUUGGAGGGUUGCUCCUAUAGCUUUGAUUUGGAGGACCUACUGAGAGCUUCUGCAGAAGUCCUCGGCAAAGGAAGUUAUGGAACUGCUUACAAAGCAAUACUUGAGGAUGGUACUGUUGUUGUUGUUAAGAGAUUAAAAGAUGUUGUGGCAGGAAAAAAGGAGUUUGAGCAACAGAUGGAACUCAUUGGUAGGUUAGGUAAACAUGCAAACUUGGUCCCACUUCGCGCUUACUACUAUUCUAAGGACGAGAAGCUCAUCGUCUACGAUUAUCUCUCCAAUGGCAGUUUCUCAUCCAAGUUACAUGGUAUCAGGGGUGUUACCGAGAAGACACCAUUAGACUGGAACACCAGAGUGAAGAUAAUCCUUGGAACAGCAUACGGCAUUGCACACAUUCAUGCAGAAGGUGGUGCCAAGCUGAGCCAUGGCAAUAUCAAGUCAACUAAUAUCCUCCUUGAUCAAGAUUAUAGUUCUUAUGUUUCAGACUAUGGUCUGAGUGCCCUGAUGAGUGUUCCAGCGAAUGCAUCUCGCGUUGUGGUUGGCUAUCGAGCUCCAGAGACCAUCGAAAACCGCAAAAUAACUCAGAAAUCUGAUAUCUAUAGCUUUGGUGUCCUCCUCAUGGAGAUGCUCACAGGGAAAGCUCCACUACAGUCGCAAGGUAACGACGAUGUUGUCGACCUCCCAAGAUGGGUGCACUCAGUGGUCAGAGAAGAGUGGACAGCUGAGGUGUUCGACGUCGAGCUGAUCAAGCAGCAAAACAUUGAGGAGGAGCUGGUUCAGAUGCUCCAGAUUGCAAUGUCAUGCACAUCAAGGUCUCCAGAUCGACGUCCAACAAUGGAGGAUGUGAUCAGGAUGAUCGAGGGACUGCGCCACUCGGCUUCAGAGAGCCGAGCUUCAUCUGAUGAGAAGUUCAAGGACUCCAAUCCUCCAUCAGUUUAGUUGUGUGUUCAUAUGCCUCACCAGCAGCUGCCAGCUGCAGACCGUUUGAUUGUUAGCUAAUUUGUGAUCGAGUUCAUGACAAAACAUGGUCGACCUUAGAUGCAGACUCAGAAAGCUGAGCAUUCUGAUUGGAACUAUGUAUGUUGAAUUCUUUAUUCUUGACAAAUGUAGGUUUUUCCCCAGGG